AGAAUUCUGCACAUUUGUGGUAAAAUUGUAGAUGCAACGUAUAUGAAAGCAAACAUCCGUAUGUCGAAAGUGGACGCGUUGCUUUAAAAUUCACUCUCGCCGCUUUCUUAACGAAGGGUAUACAUGGAGGCGUUCAUCUAGUAUUACACGUCUAGAUGUAUGUAUAUGUGUGUGGGUGUUUGCGCUACACACAGUAGAAUAAGAGAAUUCACAAAAACAUGCAUAUAGUUGAUGAGAGAUAGAGACACACAUACACACACACACAUACACAUACACAUACACGACAAGCAAACAAAAUUGUGCGCGUACAAUCAGUAAGACGCCACGCCUCCACGAACCGAAGCUGAACGGUUGGAACCCGAAGUGACCACUCGACCGUCGUAUUUUUUGAACGUAAGAAGGACAGACAAAGAUAAGGAAUAUCCUGUUUGCGAAGAAAGAAAUGGCGGACGAUCCUAAUACUUGGAAAUGAGAUGUUAUAUUUAUUCUACAGAAAAGUAUCGCAAAUCGGCAAAUGCGGCAUGUGCCAGAGUACACGAGGAGCGCCGUCUGCCAACACGACCUGCCGCCCGUUGAGCACCUACAUAUUUAGCCUGGAAUCCUCGACCGUCAUAAAGAAAAAACUUGGCUCUAAAUGGCAUCACAUCGUAAUCUAUAUUUGAUCACAAGUUGAACAUUCAACGUUAUGUCCUGUUGCGAGGGAGUCGAUAGUAUCGAACGUUCUCCUGGCACUGGUUGUUGUGGAACGAAGUGUACGGUCGAAUCAAGUGGAUGUUCCACUUUAGAAUCUCGUAUUCGUUCUUGCCAUUGUCAAAAUAACGUCGGUUGUUUGGAUCGUAAUGAUUGUGGCGGAUUUCGUCCUAGCGGUACUGCAGCUACAGGCGCAUGUCCAGGACCGUGUCAAUGCUUAGAGGAGGAAAUCUGGAAUAGUAACGUUCCACCUAAGCCGAAUUGCGAGUGGUUAAGCAACUUCUCUGAGCUCCGACGGCAGUGGAGCAAUCAUGCUCGUCAACAGAACUGCAAGUGUUGCAACUGUCGAUCAUGUAGAACUGUCGCCCCCUGUCGACCGUGCUUACCGACAACGCUUUGCACUUCCGGCUUCGCCGUACCUUCAUCGGACUGUCAGGAUUAUUGCGAGGAUCAUCGUUUAGCCGGUGGUGCAAACGAUAAAAGAGAUUUAAGUCCAGUGGAAUCAACAUCCUCGAGGGAGUCUCGUAAUGUUCGAAGAGAAGCCGGGGGUGGUUGUCCGCCACCAGGAUGCGGUCGAUCCUGCCAAACGGCACGCUGUCGAUCACCUAGUACGGAUCGUUCCUCUUCGUGCUCUUGGUGUCCUACGUCCGUACAGCGCCCUUCUUCUCCAUGUAAACCAUCGACUCUUUGUCAACCCUGUGCUCCUUCACCAAAGUCCAUCUUAAAAAAGCGAAGCUGUUGUCAGUGCGCAACCGGUUAUUGCAUGUGUCAACCGAUGCCACGGAACUGUAAUUGUCCUCCUCCGAUCCAAAUUGAUGCUCGAGCAGAACGAGAUUGCACUUGCGACUGUCCUUCCUCUCCGGAAUGUGCAUGUCCACCGAGCGAACGAAGAUUUCCUAGAACAAUAGUGAAAUGUCCCAACGCCAGAUUAUGUUGUCCAUUGCCGCGAUUACCGCCCGGUCCAAAGUGUCACUGCGAUCGCUGUCAGCCCUGUUUACCGGCACCUUGUGAUCCCUGUACUUCCAGCAUCUGUCGGAAUGUCAUUCCAAAAGCGAAUCCCUGUUGUCCAAGUUCACCGUGUCCACCGCGUUCCCCUUGCCGUCCUAAAUCUCCUGAUCUUCAACCUUGUCGCUUGCCGUCACCUUGUCGUAAAUCAACGCAACGAUAUUGUCUCGGAAGGAAUUCUUGUCGUGAUGAUACUUACAAUGCAUGUCCACGUGCUGCGAAUGAUAGACGAUCGUCGGGAACCUGCGGAGGAACAGGUCAGUCUUCGACGAUUCGUCGUAGACGGGCAGGCGGUGAUAGGCGUGAAGAAAUAUUUGCAACGAAAUUCAAGGACGAGUCAAUAAGCACGAACGAUCACGAGGGUGAACCGCGAAAUCCUUUCUUAUCGGGAUACUGUGAGAAAGCCGACGAUAGAGAAUGCGAACGCGAGGGUGGGGGUUGUUCGUAUGAACUGGAUUUGCUUGAUUGUCGUCGACAUAUCGACAGGUCUGACGAAAUUCGAUCGGACAAUGCUUUCAAUCAUACUUCCAGCUUGAAUACAGUUAGUUGCUCUGCUUAUCAACGUCGCGACGAAUCCGUUCAAGCGAGAUUCGAUAUUGAUUACGAUUAUUCUCGUGAAUUAGCUUCAAUCGAUGAUUCAUCUUGUCAUCGUCGCCAUUAUCAUGAUCCAAAUAGUACGUGCAAUUCUUCUUGCACAAAAUCUUUUCAGGAUUGUUUACAAUGUUGUUGCGGUCGGGAUGAAAUUGGAUGCGAUCUUUACUGCGAUUAUUGUUGUUCUUUUAAGGAUGAACCAAGAUGUUGUUGCGCACCAGAUGGGAAUGGCUGCGAUAAAACGUGCAAUUAUUGUUGUGCGUUUAAUGAUUCCAACAUGAUUAUUGUCGAUAACAUUUCGGCCAUGAAAGACGAGCGAAAGGAUGUUUCAAACGUUAUCUCGAACGGUGAUGAUUAAUGAUGAUAAUCGAUGAAUAGAAGAAAAUAACAAGGGUGCAAUAUAGAAACAGCCUAAUGUCGCUUCGUGAAUGUUGUUAUUGUUGCACGUAUACGCGUAAAUAUGUUUUUAUCCAUUUGCGGACAAUAUUGAUUAUCCGAUAUUUUUUUGUACGUGAAGUUUAUUUAUUUAGAUAUUUUUGACAAAAAUUAUUUUAUUACACACAUAAACGUAUAUCUCUAACGAGACUGUACAUGCAUAUAAACACUGUCCGUUAAUGGAUUAAAGAACGUGCAAGGAGUGAACUAUGCAUCAAUUCAAAUUUGAAAUUAAAGUCUAUUACCGAAGAAAGUUGGAUUCAAUUUUAAUUCGAUUAGUCUUUCCUAUAAUCAUAAUUCCGAUGCAUUGCAUUUAAAAGACGUGCAGACUCGUCCUUGCACGCGCUCAAGUGAGAUAGACAUUUACUUGUAUCCUUGUCUGUGUCUCACCAAAGGGCCAAUGUGACACGUGGUGUGGUGGGUCCGGUAGGUGGAGAUAACACGAUGAUGAUAACAUGGAGCACAAGCGCACAGACCUGUCGGUGCAAUUGGAAGAAGAGAGACGUGUCCUGCAAGGACAUCUUCUCUUACAU